GAUCUGGACGGUGAGAGAGAGAGAGAGAGAGAGAUCUGGACAGAGAAAGAAUACAUGUGAAGAGAAAAGCGAAGAUGCCGGAGAACAAGGCGACAGUGUACAGGACCAGCAGCUACCUGUCCCACUCUGCCUACAGGAAGAUCAAGCGGGUUCUGAGUUUCAGGAGGCGCGUGUUUGGCCAGCGGCUGGAGGAGACGGUUCUGUAUGAGCGGCGUUACGGGGUACACAUGGCACCGCUGGUGGUGGAGCAGUGUGUGGACUUCAUCCGGGAGCGAGGUCUUCUGGAGGUGGGGUUGUUCCGCCAGCCAGGCCAGGCCACGUUGGUUAAAGAGUUGCAGGAUGCCUUCGACGCUGGGGAGAAGCCCUCCUUUGACAGCAGUACAGACGUGCACACCGUGGCGUCUCUCCUGAAGCUGUAUCUGCGGGAGCUGCCAGAGCCACUGGUGCCCUUCUCCAGAUACCAGGACUUCCUGGUGUGUGGCAAGAAGAUCUCCUCUGAGAGGAAGCAGGUAAGUCUCCAUCCAGCCGCAUCAUGCAGGCCAUGCUGAGAUGCAUCGGAUAAACAGAUGAAGACAGAACACAACUGCUGAUCUACAAGUCCAAGGGAGAAAUCUAAUUGAUAAACU